GGCGUGUUGAGUUUGCUGAAAGUGAUCGUAUUUCCGACCGAUGAUGAAGACGAUUAUUAUUAUUAUUAUUACUAUUAUUAUUACCACUCCUACUUAAAUUGUAGAGGGGAUAAAAAAAACAGAAGAAAAAUACACAAAUUAUUAUAACAAAAAUUGACGGAAUUGCUGGCGAAGAUUGGUUAGCUCAACGAACGCUUCAACGGCAAAUUUCCCGGCCGAAAGGGUUCGUGUCUCACUCUCUGAUACCCUGAAAUGCAUGAUUGCAUCUUCUCCAAAAGGAAGCAACAGAAGGAGUUGAGUGGUGUGCAAUCGGGCCCUCAGGUGAAGAUCUGAGGCUUUGGUUUAUUUGGGGUUGAGGAGGAAAGGUUUCUAGAAGGAUGAGCGCAUCUAGGUUCAUCAAGUGCGUGACUGUUGGGGAUGGAGCUGUGGGCAAAACGUGUUUGCUAAUCUCCUAUACUAGCAACACCUUCCCCACUGAUUAUGUGCCAACUGUUUUCGACAAUUUCAGUGCAAAUGUGGUUGUCAAUGGAAGUACUGUCAAUUUGGGUUUGUGGGAUACUGCUGGACAAGAGGACUAUAACAGAUUAAGACCUUUGAGUUACCGUGGUGCUGAUGUUUUCAUACUGGCUUUCUCUCUCAUAAGCAAGGCCAGCUAUGAAAAUGUUUCCAAAAAGUGGAUCCCAGAGUUGAAGCACUAUGCACCUGGAGUCCCAGUUAUUCUGGUUGGCACGAAGCUUGACCUUCGGGAUGAUAAGCAGUUCUUCCUUGACCAUCCUGGUGCUGUACCCAUUACCACAGCUCAGAUAAGAUCUGACAUUUUUAUCCUCCUUGAAGGGAGAAGAGCUUCGGAAGCUGAUCAAUGCACCUGCUUACAUUGAAUGCAGUUCAAAAACUCAGCAGAACGUGAAGGCCGUCUUCGAUCAAGCCAUAAAAGUCGUCCUUCAACCACCGAAGACGAAGAAAAAGAAGAAUAAAGGACAAAAGGCAUGUUCAAUAUUGUGAUUCUUUAGGUGUAAAACAUUUGAGAGCCCUUUGUUCUUGCUAUAAUAUUGCCCUAUCCCGCCUUCUUCCUUUUCUUCAUUCCUUGUUGAGUCCAUGUGGGUGUUCAUUGGACUACAAUACACUAUAUCUCCUAGAAGCAUCUGACGUCUGAUUUCUUGGAAUUA